AUGGUCAUGUAUAUCGAAAAAUGGUUUGCUGAAUUACCACGAAUUACUACAGGAUUUUUCUUUAUUUAUCUAACAACGGGAAUCAUUGCUGCAUUUUGGCCAUCUUAUGCCAUUGAAUACUAUCUUGUACACCAUCACAAAUCGUUCUCUGUUAUUGAAGAGUAUUCAUAUCAUUAUCGUCGAGCAUACUAUUUCUUCUGUUUAUUACUUGGUGUUGUGAUCAUACUGUUGCUGACAAUGUUAAAACCGUUGGAAACUUAUCUCCUAUCGGAAUCAUUUGUGUUCUAUAUUGUAUUCUUAUAUAAUAAUUCUAAAAAUCCCAAUGGAACAACAGUAUUCCUUCCGGUACUCUGGAUUGAUAACAAAUAUAUGAUCAUCGUGUUAAUAUUUAUCAAUGCUUUGUUUCGACCCUUCUUAUGGGCAGAAUAUCUUAUUGGCAUCGUAGCCGGAUUUUUGUUCAUGAAAUUGGAACGUAAACCAUUCAUACGAGAUUCGUUCGGUCGAAUUUAA